CCAAGCAAUUCCCCCAAACCAACAACCGAAAUAAUUGCCCGCAACGGCGCACUAUCACCGUCAUUGCAUCCCAUUGUACUAUCAUAUAAUUGUUGGGUUCGUUCGAUCCUAUAAAACAUCAUCACGCAUGAUCCGUAGCCUGACAGAAGAAUCCCAGGAGCAAGGCAACGUACGAGAGUACGACACCGGCGCCGGCAUUGUUCGAUCGUCUUCUCCUUCUUGGCUUCUUGCUAGGCGGCUCAAUCGAGGUCGUCGGCGCAUUGUUACUCCGCACCGCGCGAGGUCCCCGGCGAAUUGAAGGUCAACCUGCAGCCAGUUAGUUGCUGUCGUUCCGCUGGAGAUGCCGCAGGCCGCCGCCCCGGCGUGCGCGCUGCCGCUGCCGACGAUGCCCAGGGUGGCGCGGUCGCACGCGUGGGACUGGGUGGCGCUGCUCCUCCUGGUCGCCGUCGACGUGCUGCUCAACGUCAUCGAGCCGUUCCACCGGUUCGUCGGCGCCGGCAUGAUGGCGGACCUCAGAUACCCCAUGAAAGGCAACACCGUCCCCGUCUGGGCCGUUCCGAUCAUCGCUGUCAUUGGGCCCGUGACUAUCUUCGCCGUCGUCUACAUCAGGAGGAGGAAUGCGUACGAUCUGCACCAUGCCAUCCUAGGUAUCUUGUUCGCCGUGCUGAUAACGGGCGUCCUGACCGACGCGAUCAAGGACGCCGUCGGCCGGCCGCGCCCCAACUUCUACUGGCGUUGCUUCCCCGAUGGAGAAGCGGUGUACAACAACAUCACAACGGGAGUCGUAUGCCAUGGCGAUCCUAGCGUGAUCAAGGAAGGCUACAAGAGCUUCCCCAGCGGCCACACCUCCUGGUCAUUUGCGGGGCUAGGCUUCCUGUCGUGGUACCUGGCCGGGAAGAUGACGGCGUUCGACCGGAGAGGGCACGUCGCCAAGCUCUGCGUGGUCCUCCUGCCUCUGCUCGUCGCCGCGUUGGUCGCCGUCUCGCGGGUGGACGACUACUGGCACCACUGGCAAGACGUCUGCACUGGCGGCGUCCUCGGAUUGGUGGUCGCUUCAGUCUGCUACCUCCAGUUCUUCCCAGCCCCGUCAGAUGAGAAAGGAUUCUGGCCGCACGCGCACUUGAGGUUCGUCAGCGAGAUGGUGGAGGAGGAGGAGAGCCGAACGCAGCGGUCCACCGAAACCGCCGGGGCGCGCACGAGCCACGAACUGGACGCGUUGGAAGCCGGCAGCAGGAGAUGUUAGAACACCGACGAGGGUGGAUAAAAUACACGAGCAAGUGUUUGGUGCUGUCAAGCGACAGCUUUUCUGGUGUCUCUCUAUUCAUUAUAUAGAAGAUACAUGUAGUCAUAUAUGGUUACAGACCGAUUGAAUCAAUCACAGCAGAUUGAAUCAAUCACAGCACGUCCAAGAUUAUCUGUUGUCAUCCCAACAGUCUAGACAUGCAGUUUACCAUACUUAACCACUAAUCAAUAUAAACUACCAAAUAUACUAAACGUGUGCUCAGGGUUUAUUCCUACA